AUGGAUGACGCAGAGUUAAAUGCUAUAAGACAAGCACGGAUGGCUGAACUACAGAGGUCAGCAGGUGCAAGUGGCGCGGCUGGAGACAGCUCUUCAGCAUCUGCCUCCUCUUCUUCCGCCUCAUCCCAACAACAACAACAACAACAGGCAGCAGCAACAGCAGCGGUUCUUGCCAGAGUCCUAGAAAACCAAGCAAGAGAAAGAUUGAGUCGUGUUCGCAUGGUGCGCCCAGACCGUGCUGAUGCCGUGGAAAGUUAUAUUGUGCGAUUAUACUCGAUGGGCCAAAUCACAAAGAAGUUGUCUGAACAGGAUAUUGUCCAAAUGCUUGAUGGAAUAAGCAGAGAUACUCAACAGAGAACACAGAGCAAGAUUGUUUAUAGCAGGAAACCCAUUAGUGAUGAUGUGGAUGAUGACGACGAUGACGACGACUUUUUCAAUUAG